AUGUAUCCGGUCGGCACACCAUGGAUUGCGCCCAUCGCAGCUGCACUGCGAGUUGUGCUGCUGUCUCCCGCUAUCUCCACCCGAGCAGCUGAGGCUCCUGUGGAUCCGAGAUGCUGGGCAGACGAGUUCAGCGGCCAGCAAGAAGCAUGCUGCGCAGAUGCAUCUGCGGGAGCUGACUUGGGUUGCUGGGGCGGUCGGUUCUUAUAUGAGAAUUGCUGCCUGGGAGUUGGCUUCUGGGACUUCUCCAGGGGUUGCUUCCUGAGCAAAUCCCAGUUUGGUGAGGAAGAUUUGGUAGUUGAGUUCUUCGGGUGGCGCGAAAAGACAGCUGGGGUCUAUGUUGAGAUUGGAGCGUUUGACGGCAUCACCUUCUCCAACACGCUUUCGCUGCAUAGCUGCCUCAGUUGGUCCGGCGUAUUGAUUGAAGGUAGUCCACAGAAUUUCGAGCGUCUGCGUCGGAACUUGGCAAGCACACGUCCAAGAAACGUCGUCGCUCACUUCGGGGCAGUUUGCGCACCGCCAGAGUCGAACCUGACCUUCCUGACCGGUCAACAAGACGGAUUGGCCGAGCAUGGAGCAGCAGAUGGUGAUGUUGAGCAGUUUGAGCAUCUAAAGCAUCUGUCCCGCCUCAAAGGCGGCCACAGUACUGCUACAGUUCCUUGUAAGCCCAUGUCUUGGUAUCUUCAGUCUCUUCCGUCAAAUCACGUGGACUUCUUCUCGUUGGACGUCGAGGGCUCUGAGUUAGAAGUUCUUCUGACCAUGGAUUUUAGAGAAGUCACCGUGGAAGUCUUCAUGAUCGAACUGCUCGAGCGGUCUGAGUCUGACCAGCAAAGAAACUGGAAGGUGCGAAAUCUCAUGGCAAAUCUUGGCUACAAGGAGUGCCAGCAUGCCAAGGUCAGGCACAGUGGUCUUUUCGUCCGCCAGCAGGGGCCAUUUUCAAGCAAGUGCUAG